CAGAGCUGAGAGGACCUGCGGGGUCAGCGGCUCUUAACUUUGGACUACUGGACACAUCUGGCUCGCGCUGCUAUGCUGCUGCCACUGCUGCAGGGAGGACCCGCUGCUGUUUAUGUUGCACUUUUAUUUUACUUUCUGGAGCCAGCUGUGGUGGUCGCCUUCAACCUUGACACCAGUCAUGUUAUCAGGAAAGACGGAGAGCCGGGGAGUUUGUUCGGGUUCUCUCUCGCCAUGCACCGGCAGCUCAACCCGGAUAAACGCAUGCUGUUGAUCGGAGCGCCCAGAGCCGAAGCUCUGGGAAAACAGACAGCCAACAUCACAGGAGGCCUUUAUAAAUGUGAAGUCACUCAGACCAAUGACUGUGAGCGUGUUGAAUUUGAUAGUGAAGAGAACGUACUUGUUGAGAACAAGGAGAAUCAGUGGAUGGGGGUGACGGUUCAGAGCCAGGGGCCUGGGGGAAAGAUUGUGACCUGUGCUCAUCGCUAUCAGAGGCGCAUGUUUGUGGACACCACUCAGGAGUCCAGGGACAUCACUGGGCGCUGUUAUGUCCUGAGUCAGGACCUGUCUAUCGACUCGUCCUCUGAUGAGGACGGAGGUAACUGGAACUUCUGUGAGGGCAGAACCAGAGGGCACGAGAUGUUCGGAUCUUGUCAGCAGGGUUUGGCUGCCACCUUCACCAAGGACUACCAUUACGUGGUGUUUGGAGCACCGGGGGCUUACAACUGGAAAGGCAUUGUACGAGUGGAGCAAAAGAACAACACUCUGCUGGAGAUGGGAGUGUUUGAUGACGGCCCAUAUGAAGUUGGAGAUGAGCAUCUCUUGAACCCUGAGCUUGUGCCCGUACCUGCCAACAGCUACCUCGGAUUCUCCCUCGAUUCGGGACACAGCAUCACCGGUAAAGGCACCCUGACGGUGGUUGCUGGAGCGCCCAGAGCCAAUCACAGUGGAGCUGUGGUCCUGUUGAAGAAAGAAAACCAAACCUCCGGAAGACUUCUGGUGGAGCACACUCUGCACGGGCUGGGACUCGCAUCCUCAUUUGGAUACGAUGUGGCUGUGGUUGACCUAAAUGGUGAUGGAUGGGAAGACGUAGUUGUAGGAGCCCCUCAUUUCUACAUGAAGGAGGGAGACAUUGGAGGAGCUGUUUACGUGUACAUCAACCAGGCAGGAAGGUGGGAAAAAGUCACUCCUGUCCGUCUAAACGGGACCAAAGACUCCAUGUUUGGACUGGCCGUGGAGAACAUCGGCGACAUCAAUCAAGACUCAUAUAGAGACAUUGCCGUUGGAGCGCCUUAUGAUGAUGGCGGUGCAGGAAAAGUGUACAUUUAUCAUGGCUCUGCACAAGGAAUCAAAACCAGCCCUGCACAGGUCCUUUCAGGAAGAGAGCACAACAUGCGACUCUUUGGUUAUUCUCUGGCUGGGAACAUGGACCUGGAUGGUAACUCUUAUCCAGACCUGGCUGUCGGCUCUCUGUCGGACACAGCUUUUAUCUACAGGGCACGGCCAGUAAUCAGAAUCAGGAGAGAUGUCAAAAUAUCUCCACGGGAAAUUGACCUUACAAUCAAAAACUGUGGUAACAGCAUUUGCUUAACUGUGGAAGCAUGCUUCAGCUACACAGCAAAACCUACAUCUUACAACCCGAAACUGACUAUCAGCUAUUCUGUCGAGGCUGACGGAGAUCGCAGGAAGCAGGGGCUGCCUUCCAGAGUGAUAAUGCUCAACAAAACCCAUACUGAAACUGACUACCAGUUUAACAGCACCUUGGACCUCCGCGGCCAAAACCAGAAAACAUGCGUCAAGAUAUUAGCCAAAGUAAAGGACAACAUUAAGGACAAGAUGCGCAGCCUUCCCUUUGAGGUGUCUGCAGAAAUUGUGGGUACUAAACAAAAGAAGACAAAGAACAGCCUUCCUCAGCUCAUGCCCAUAUUAGAGUCCUCUCAAUCGAGCAAAGACGUCAUCGAGAUCAACUUUAUAAAAGAAGGAUGUGGGAGUGAUCAUGUUUGCCGGAGUAACCUGAAGAUGAAGUACAAGUUAUGCUACAAAAAGAGCAACCUAGACGAGUACCCCCCCCUACCCAUCACGAACAACGUCCCUGAGUUUCAUCUGAACUACGAGAGGAAGGACUUGGCUCUGCGUGUGACAGUCGACAACAUGCAUGAAGAUGAUGCUUACGAGGCAAAGCUGGUGGGGACUUUCCCAGAUACACUGUCAUAUUCUGGAGUCCGCUCAACUCCGACAACGAUGGAGAAGCCGAUCAUCUGCACAGCCAAUCAGAACGGCUCUCAAGCGGACUGUGAGCUGGGCAAUCCUUUUAAGAGAGACUCAAAGGCUACAUUUUACAUCAUCCUGAGCACUGAUGGUAUCACCCAGGACACCACCGAGCUGGACAUCGACUUGCAGCUCCAAACAACAAGUGUGCAAGAAAAUAUUGUCCCUGUUAAAGUGAAGGUGAAAGUCAUCAUUGAGCUGCCGUUGUCGGUCAGUGGGGAAGCCAGCCCCAAUCAGGUUACUUUUGGAGGUGUUGUGAAAGGUGAAAGUGCCAUGAAGACAGAAGAAGAGAUUGGAAGUUUGAUUAUGUAUUCUUUCAGAAUAAACAACUUGUGGAAGUCUUUGAAGCCUUCUGUCAAAGCCUCUCUUCACAUUCAGUGGCCCAAAUUCAACAAAAAUGGUAAAUGGCUUCUGUACCUGGUGAGGAUCACCUCCACAGGACCAGAGGACGUUGUGUGUUCUCCUGAGUCUGAAGUCAGCUCUCUCAAACACAUCCAGGAGUCCUCUGCAUCCAGGACAAAACGGGAAAUUGGAGAAAGAAAAGCUGUUGGCAAAAUGUCUUCGCUCUCAGACAAAAGAAAAGUUCUGACAUGUGAGCGUGAGCUCAAAUGUGUGGUGUUCAAGUGCCCCCUACAGGGCCUGGACGGUACAACAGUUGAGCUGAGGUCUCGUCUCUGGAACUCGACCUUUAUUGAGGACUACGCCUCUAUUUUAAACACGCAUAUUGUUGUGAAGGCCUCGCUCGUCCUCCACACUCAGGCUAAAAACAUGAUCCUGACGACUCCUCACACUGAUGUGAUAGUGGCUGUGUCUCCUGAAGGUGCAGUAUCGCAGCACAGUGGAGUUCCCUGGUGGAUCAUACUGAUCGCUGUUCUUGCAGGCAUCUUGAUUUUGGCUUUAUUGGUGUAUCUGCUCUGGAAGUGUGGAUUCUUCAAACGCACCAAACAAGACGACAGCGUCCCUCGUUACCACGCCGUGCGGAUACGAAAGGAAACUCCUGAUUAUAAAGAUGGAAAAGUCAAACUUGAUCCUUUUGAAAAGAAGCAGUGGAUGACGACUUGGAUCGAUGAUGAAAAUUACUCAUGACUCAAAUGAUUUUUGUGAACAGGUUUAACUUGAUUUUUUAAAAACAGUCUCCACAAUCACACUGAAUUUUAUUUUGUCUUCAUCAUCAGUAAUUCUCCUUUUCAGGAAUUAGCUCGCUUCAUGUAUUUGAAUUUGUACACUGUAUAGAUGAUGAAAUGUUUCUUGUAAGUUUUGUAUAUAUUUAAAUACUUCUGCACACUGUAUAUUUAUUUUUUGAUAAAAAUAAUUUCAUGCAGCCAAAGAGGUUUUUCUCUGUCAUGUGUGUCCUGGAGCUGAUUGACAAAGGGCAAAGUUUACUAUGGUUUUGUACUGUCUCACCUAAAGCUGAAAGUCUAUGCAAAGAAGGUACAGUAGCUCAGUGUCACAUGAAUGUGAAUCUGUAUACCUUUAUUUUUGGAUGUUUUAUGUCUAGUUUCAAUGACAAAAAUGCUUUUGUAUUUUGUGGAAUGACAUUUAGUCACAGUAUCAUUUCACAGUAAUUUAAGGUGUACAUACGACCACUUCUUUCUUCAUGUCUUCUCACUGCUGUGGCAUUCAGGUAGCAUCCACUGUACUGUAGGUCAUCACUGAAGUCAGACUUUUUGUUACAUGUGAGGAAUCCAAAGGGAAGAUCCAACGUGUUUUAUAGAUUUAAAUCAAAGUGAAUGUCUUGCUUGGUGUGAAGUAUAAUAAAAUGCUUAAGAAGUGA